UGCACUUGACCACUGUUAAUCCCUAUUACUCACAACACCCAGCCCAGAAUAAUUCAUUCUAAUCAACACCAUGGCAAGCGAGAAGUCAGAUACGCAUAAGCAGGACGGCAAGUGCUUGUAUCACAGAGCGAGGAGAUGCAGAAUGAAGCCAUCGAAGUCGCACAGCAGGCAAUGGAGCAGUUCACUAUCGAGAAGGAGUUCGAUAGCCGCAAGGGCGCAACAUGGCACUGCAUCGUAGGCAGGAACUUUGGUAGCUUUGUUACUCAUG